AUGGCUUCAUCUGAUUCUAAAGAUUCAGCCUGGUAUCAAAAGUCCAGUAAAAAGGUGAUUCCAAAUCAUCUUGUUCCUAAGAAGAAGAUAGGAUUCCAGCUUUCCGCUGUGUCGAAUAAUAAGAGAGACCAGAACAAGAGAAGCACAGGGAAAGACGAUGAAGCAUUCAAAUCUACUGACUUCAAUGUUAUAAGUUUUGGUAACAAGACUCAUAGAAAUAGCAAUGCCAGCUUUCAAGACUCGUCCCUUCUUGCUAUAAAAGACCAGUCCUUCGAAGGUAACAACAACAACGAAGACUUGCCAUUGUACAACUACAACGAAGAUCUUCCUCCACCACGCUCACUUUAUGACUUGAAUGAUGACUCCUCGAAUGCUGUUAAUAAGCCCAUCCAACAAACCGAAUCGUUCAUCACCAAGGACCCCCGCAGCUUCCUGAACGCAUUUGCAAGAAACACUUCGCCAGAUGACUCCAAAGCGGAUGAUAAGAAAAUAUUGAAGAACCCAUUGCGUCACAGUGAGGCUGCUGUGCUUGUCUUUGGCUACCCCGAAAGCAUGGCCAACCAAGUCAUUGCACACUUCCUGGAAUUCGGCACUAUCCUUGAGGACUUUGAGGCCGCAAAAUCUACAGCCUCAUCCUCUCCAGAGGAAAUCUUUCAGGGUCCAACGACUGGUGCAUUUUUCUCCUCAAAGUCAGACGAAAAGCAGCAUGAAAACCAACUUAAACCACCUAUUUUUUGUGGAAAAUCGUGGGUGAAGCUCACAUACGACAACCCGUCUUCAGCAGCGGACGCGCUACAAGAGUCCGGUUCAGUGUUCAAUGGUGCUCUUAUUGGAGUUGUGCCAUACACAAAGAAUGCCGUGGAGAAGUUGCAGAACCGCAAAUUGACCAGCACGGAAGAUAUCGGAGGAGGCCUCCAGGGUCUACAGCUUGGCGACUUCUCCAGCAAAGUUGACAAAGGGGUCAUUGGAGACUCUAAUGAUAUUCAAGCAUCUUACAUCAAAAGACUCGAGGUAAAAGAUGGCUCCGAGAUGUUUUUGAAGGCGCCCAAGGGAGACCCACAAAAUCCUAGCGAACUGAAGAAGCCAGAACAGAAAUUAGGCUUUGUCGGAACGAUAUCAAAUUACCUCUUCGGCUUUCACGAUUUGUGA